AAGCAAUGGAUAUUAGGCUCAGAGGAAGAAGGGAAAAGAAGAGGAGGGAGGCAUUUCAGGGGCCCCGGUCUUCCCAUUCGUUUCUCUCUCUCCAACUAGACGCCUUUGGGGGAGGGUUGUGAGACAGGCGUGGCCAGUUUUGCACAUGAGAUUUCCUGUUCUGGGCGAGAACAAGAGCAGCAACCACCACCCAGGAUCUCCAGCAGCAACUCCUUUACCUCCUCUUUCUCUCUCUCUCUCUACCUCUUUAUUAUUUUCUAUUUUCCAAGCCUAAGCUCUUGCAUCUCUUUCUCUGCAACUGUAUUGCAGCAGCCGGAUCUCAUGGAAUUCUCCAAGCAGGAAAGCAGCUGAGAACAAACAAACAAACAAACAACAGCUCUAUUUCCAAAAAAGCAACUUCUGGGUCCUUUGCCCCCAACUUGGUGCAACUUAGCUCUUUGUUAUCAUUCUGUAAAAGAUGCACUACUACCGGUAUUCUUCUGCUGAAAUCAGCUGUUGGUACAAAUAUCUGCUCUUCAGCUACAACAUAGUCUUCUGGUUAGCUGGAGUUGCCUUCCUAGGAGCUGGUCUUUGGGCCUGGAGUGAAAAGGGGGUCUUAUCAGACUUAUCCAAAAUGACCCGUCUCCAUGGCUUUGACCCUGUGGUCCUUAUCUUGUUUGUUGGAGGGAUAAUGUUUGUUCUGGGAUUUGCUGGCUGUGUAGGAGCUCUGCGGGAGAACAUCUGUCUUCUGAAAUUUUUCUGUGGCACAAUUGUAUUAAUUUUUCUCAUGGAGUUGGCGGUGGCUGUUCUAGCAUUCUUGUUCCAAGACUGGGUGAGGGACCGAGUGGAGACAUUCUUCAAGAACAAUAUUAGAUCUUACCGAGAUGACAUUGACCUGCAGAACAUCAUAGAUUCCCUACAGAAAAUGAAUCAGUGUUGUGGUGCCCAGGAUCCCAAUGACUGGGACCUUAACAUUUACUUCAACUGCAGUAGCUCAAGCAAAAGUCGUGAGAGGUGUGGGGUCCCUUUUUCCUGUUGUGUCCAAGAUCCUGCACAAAGUGUUGUGAAUACACAAUGUGGCUAUGAUGUCAGAAAUAUGUCGGUGUCUUUAUGGGAUGAACGAAUCUAUACCAAAGGCUGCAUCCCAGCACUGGAAGCAUGGUUGCCACGGAAUAUUUACAUUGUGGCAGGAAUUUUUGUAGCAAUUUCAUUAUUGCAGAUAUUUGGGAUUUUCCUGGCCAGGACGCUGAUUUCUGAUAUUGAAGCUGUGAAGGCAGGCUUCCGUUUCUGAAGAUAAAAACAGAUUGUCUGAAAAGACAAACUGAUUCUCGUGACUCUUCAUCAUCACAGCAAAAAGAGAGGAAAGGAAAUGAAACCUGAGAGCUAGAAAUGGCUUGAUGCAUCUAGAACCUAAAGCCAUACUAUUUCUUUUUUAAAACAAUGUCUAGCUGGAUGCUAUCCUGCUUAGUUAGAAGCAAGAACCAGGAAAUCCUGCUCUUCUCACCCACCUCAUGAAUUGUUUUACAAUUUUGAUCUCUUGAAGAGAAUUUUGUGUAUCUACAGCCUUUUGUACCCAGAGGUGAAGACUCAAGUGUGCAACAGUGGACACUGCUAGAAACCCCUGCCCUAAAAUGAUUACUAUCUAUGUCUUAGUUCUCCUUUUACAGUAGUGACAAAUUAGAAUGGUUGCAUUUCCAAUGUUGAUCAAUGCCCAGAGGAAAGUCCCAUGAUGCCAAAUGUUUACAUCCUGGGGACCGGUGUGGUAUACAUGAAAGAUCUUUGAUACUUAAAAAAACUUGUUCAGGGAAUAUUGUGCCUCUUGGCAAACUGAAGCAUUCACUGUGUGAGCUUUUUAAAUGGGAGCCAUAUUUAUACAGAUGGGAGGGCCUUCUAAAGUUGCCCGAAGUCUUAAUGUGGGACCUUACCGUUGUAGAAAGACUGAGUUCCUCUUAUUUUGACCAGAUCUAAUGUAUCCAUUUCAGGUGUUAGGGAUCAGAAGAGAAUCCUGGAGAUUUUUCUAAAUGACUUCCAUUAUACUGAAAAUCCUCACCUGUGUGGAUUUAUGAAGUAGUAGUGAUAUUCAGUAGCAUUCGAUCACAGACCUGUUUGGAAAGGUCAAAGCUGGAUGCUCCUGUACUGCCUAUUAGACCUUUGUGAUAUAGCAUUAUUUAUAGAUGUUUGAACAACAAAAAAUGUUACUCUUGUUAUUCUUACGAUUUUUCUUAACACUGUUGCCUAUAAUACUCAUUUCUAAAACCAUUUAUCUGCGGGACUGAAAAGUUGCUUGUUUUACUAGGUAUGUGGAAGCAAACUAGUCCAUUUACUCUUGUUUUGUUCUUUUUGUGGCAGUAUCUUUACAGAAAUUAGAAACCUUUGAACGUGGGGUGUACAGCUUUUGCAGAUCAGGGGGAUAUCUUUCUCCUCUAAGCCUACUGAGAUCUGUAUCCUACUAGGUGGUCAUAUGUUGCCAGGGUGUGGCAGCACCGGCAAAAAAUAAGCAACCUCAUCCCCUUUGGUGGCAAAAGAUAGCAAUUUUCCUUUAAUCUAAAGCACAAAAGAGCUCUUGUUUCCAAGCUUUACAACAGUUCCAGGAGUUUUUCCUUAUUUUGAGGGGAAAUGGCUGGUUUUGGCUAUAACUAUGCCACUAAAUUUUAGUGGCACUGGGCAGAUUUGGAGAGAAGGGGAUGGGAAAGUUCCCCCAAAAGGGAGCAAUGAGCCAGGUGCUUGUUACUUUAAACCUCACGAUGGAAAUUUGUCUGUUAUGUAUAUAAUAAAGUCUCCUAUUUAUAUGCAAGUUAUGGGAUGCAUUGAAGGUUCAGUGGCAUUUGGAUGAUGCAAGGCUCUUUUAAGAAAAAGAAAGUUAAAUAAUUUUGACAUCAUAUGUGUGCACUAGCAUGUAUAUGUGCCUGGACCUGGGCUUGUCCUGUUGCGUGGCCUGUAUCAGAAUACAGCUCUAGAGCAAUCCUGCAGAGUUUGUGGCCCAUUAGCUGUGCAGACUGCCAACCACCAACAAUUUGAUAUUUUGUGCUUUUGCUGUGUACCAGAGACUGCUAAAAAAGAACUGCGGGAGACAUACCUUGCAGACUACUGUACCUAGCUGGCAGACUGCAUUCUGCUCGGUGGAGUAUAAAUUGGGCAGUUAUCUUCUACAGCGAGUUUGGGAAUUGGGCAACUCUGAGAUAUUGAUGGACUACAAGUCCUAGCAUUCCUCACCAUUGACUGUUGUGGCUUGGGCUGCUAGGAAUUGCAGUUUACCAAUAUCUGAAGGUCCAGAUGAUUACAAGCUCUUCUCUAGAGUCUUUCAGAAACCAGUUGUGUUUUACUGAAAGUGGAGAAAGUGUUGCAUUUCCCCUUUGAAAGCAGGGUUGACUUUGGCCUUGUGGGGGAAUAUAAUCUUUCUUUCAUACUCAUUGUUUUAGAGUGACCCUCAUUUAAAUGGAUGGCUUGUGCCUUCAGAUUUUUGGACCAUCCUUUAGGUUGUUCCUGUUUAGCUGCCUCUUUAGAACAUAGCUUUGGACAAUGGAGUCACCAAUGUGUUUCAGGGACCAUUAGAAUAGCUCUGCAUUGGGCUUCUUCCUAACAAGAUAAGAAUGAUGUAGCCAAGGUUGCAGUCCUAUGCACACUAAUCUGGCAUUAAAUCUUACUGAAUACAGGGGGAUUUAUUUCUGAGUAGAGACACAGAGGAUUGCACUGAAGUGGAAGCACUUGGAAUCUCUUAAAGUGAAUGGGUUUUUAAAUGUGCUUAACUCUUGCUAGAUUGUCACUACUUUUCAUAUUGCUUUAUUUUUCAGGGACUUUAAGCUUUCCUACAUUGUCUAAAUGCACAUUAAAAAGUUUGUAUUUGUGUA